AUGUUGACGAAUCGUCCUCGAACGCGGCAACGAGCGUAUAAGAAGCCACCUGCUCUUGAUGUUCCCAACAUUGAUGAAGAUGCCGCGGAGAGGAAACGAGUUUUAAACGUUCUCGCACAAAGAAGAUAUCGUGAAAAGAAACGGCUAGAUCGUCUUAAGACCAAGUCAGCUGGUAGCAAUCGGUCUCAAAACUCCGAACCUCAGGACGAAACAGUUCCAAACCCCGAAGGCAGAGUAUCAAAAGACGAUGUGUAUGAAAUUCCGACUCUGCAGAGCAGUCUGGGAUCCACAAUUCCAGAACCCAACCUGUCAAUCCCUCCCACGACAGAUGCUGACAUCUUGGCUGGGUUUGAUCUUAAUCUGACAUCUUGGAACACCCUCGGAAACCCCCUCCAAGAUUUGGCAUUUGCGCCUAUUCUUCCAGACCCAAAUACAGUACCCAGAUACUUACAUGAAGACAAUAACAGGGGCGAUUCGCUUACACUUCUCAAGGCUGUUAUGCGAAUAGCAGACCGUCUGAACCUGAAGCCAGACCUUUGGGAUUUGGGGGGCAACUCGGCAUUUAACACAGGGACUGCAACUCCAGCAUCUCUACUGCCUCCAUCAUGGCAGCCUACUCCAUCACAAGUUGCGAUACCACACCAUCCAGUGAUUGACCUUCUGCCUUGGCCAGGUGUCAGAGAGCGUGCCAUCUUCAUCUUGUCAUUGCCCGACGAGUUACGGCCACCACGAGCCCAGGGCGCAUUGGCGAUCGUCAACUUUGCCUAUGAUGUUGAGGAUACAGCCGAAGGAGUUAGAAUUUAUGGUGACGAUCCAUACGAUCCAGGUAAUUGGGAGCUGGGGCAGGUUAUGUUUGAAAGAUGGUGGUUUUUGUUUGACAACAGCAUUAUCAGCACAAGUAACCGUUGGCGAAGGGCAAGGGGAGCGCCGCCACUGCUAUUGAAAAGUGGAAGUCCUGGUUCGAGCCCGACUGCAAGUACAUCAUCUGCUACAACUGGAGCAUCAUGA